AUGGUUGGAGAUUCCAUUGCAUUUUCAUUGGGUCUUGCAACCACAUUAGCGCUACUGGGCGUAGGAGCUUCAUUUGCAGGAAAGGCUUAUGGACAAAUUGGCCAAGGAUUACCUUUGGGUGCUUCUGGUUUGGCUGUAGUUAUGGGUCUGAACCUUCUUGAGAUCAUUAAAUUACAGCUCCCCUCAUUCUUCGACAGUUUUGAUCCAUGUUCUGUGGCUGCCAAUUUUCCAUCAAGUGUGCAAGCAUAUUUGGCUGGGCUUACAUUUGCAUUAGCUGCCUCACCAUGCAGUACACCUGUUCUGGCUACCCUUCUGGGAUAUGUCGCCGCAUCCAAGAAUCCAGUGAUUGGAGGCAGCUUGCUUUUGACAUACACAACAGGAUACAUUUCUCCCUUACUUUUGGCUGCUUCUUUUGCUGGCGCCUUACAGAGUUUGCUUUCAUUUCGCAAGUACUCAGCAUGGAUCAAUCCUGUAAGCGGAGCAAUGCUAUUAGGAGGUGGUGUAUAUACCUUCUUAGAUAGGCUCUUCCCAGCCACAAUGGCAAUGUAG